CGUCGGCUUGGGCGGUUGGGGUUAAUCCCAGAGGGCGAGAGGAGCGGCGCGGCCGAGUGCGGUGUGACACGCAGGCUGCUGGGCGGGGCGCGCGGGGCCCAGGCCGAGGAGCCGAGUGGCCGAAGAUGGUGGACUACCUGGCGAACACGGAGAUCAACAGCCAGCGCAUCGCGGCUGUUGAGAGCUGCUUCGGGGCAUCGGGGCAGCCACUGGCCCUGCCGGGCCGAGUGCUGCUGGGUGAGGGCGUCCUGACCAAGGAGUGCCGCAAGAAGGCCAAACCGCGCAUCUUCUUCCUCUUCAACGACAUUCUGGUGUACGGCAGCAUCGUGCUCAACAAGCGCAAGUACCGCAGCCAGCAUAUCAUUCCGCUGGAGGAGGUGACGCUGGAGCUGCUGCCCGAGACCCUGCAGGCCAAGAACCGCUGGAUGAUCAAGACGGCCAAGAAGUCCUUCGUGGUGUCAGCCGCCUCCGCCACCGAGCGCCAGGAGUGGAUCAGCCAUAUCGAGGAGUGUGUGCGGCGGCAGCUGCUGGCCACGGGUCUCCAGCCCAGCACGGAGCACGCGGCGCCCUGGAUCCCCGACAAAGCCACGGACAUCUGCAUGCGCUGCACGCAGACGCGCUUCUCGGCGCUCACCCGACGCCACCACUGCCGCAAAUGCGGCUUUGUGGUCUGUGCCGAGUGCUCCCGCGAGCGCUUCCUCCUGCCGCGCCUCUCGCCCAAGCCCCUGCGCGUCUGCAGCCUCUGCUUCCGCGAGCUGGCCGCCCAGAAGCGGCAGGAGGAGGCAGAGGAGCUGGGCACCGGGGCCGCCGGGCAGCCGGCCUACCUGGCCGGGGCCGUCUGCGGAGCGUCCAGUGGAGACGAUGAUGACUCAGACGAGGACAGGGAAGGCAGUGGGGAUGGUGACUGGCCCAGCCGCGUGGAGUUCUACGCCUCGGGAGUCUCCUGGUCGUCCUUCCACAGCUGACCCCGGGUCUGCAGACAUGCGGGAGGGCUUCCCUAGUCACUUCGGCAUCCAAGCGGAUGCCAUUGACCGGGCCCCUGAGAGGGCAGAGUUCCCCAAGCUGCCCGGCACCCUGCAGGGCCCUUCGCCAUGGGACCCUACCCCACGGGGUGGUGGGCACAGUGGAAGUGGCUCUUUUUCUCUGAACCCCCAAUGCCUCUUUUUGGAUACUGGCAUCCUUCUAGUUCCACUUCAGGUAAUUACCUUUUCAUUUAGCAAACCCAAAAUACUUAGGCCUCUUGGGAACAAAUGUCGUUUCUCGGCCCUUUGAGCUGUUGAUCCAGAUGAUCCCUUGAAUUAGACGAACUCAGGAAGCUUUAGGGGCCAGAGAGAAGGUUGCACUGGAGUGAGGUCCCCUCCUCUCUGAGGCCUUGAAUCCCCAGACCUGGCCCCGCCCCCCUGCAGGAAAGACUGUGGGUCCUGAGAGGCCUCCAGGAAACCAGUGCCUGCCCACCUGCCUUGCUGAUGCCCACCUGCCUGGCUGGCUGGGCCUUGUCAAGGCAGGCAUGUGGGCUCACCCAGAGCCAGGCAAGAGACUGCCAUGCUGUGGGUGCCCGCCAGGCCCAGGAACUGCAGCCUGAGCUCCCCGUGGUCCAGAGUGGCCUGCCAAGCCCUCUGGCCCAGUCUCACCUCCCUCCAGGUGUCUGAUGCCUCGCAGUCCUGUCCUCAUCCCUCCCUGUGCUGGAGAAAGCAGUGUUUUGUGUUAGGACUCUUAACUGCAAGUGACAGAAACCCUACCCAGACUGACUUAAUAAUAAAAAGAAAGUUUAUUGACUCAUGUG